CUCAGACAAACAACCUGAAUACCUCUUCUUCUGUUCCUCAAGAAAGACGUUUCAUAUCAGUUAAAACUGGGGACAGCGUGACUUUCCAUUGUUACUGUAAAGGUGAUGGAGCUCCACGGUUUUACUGGUAUAAGCAAACUUUGGGAGAGAAACCAAGACUCAUUUCUACCUUCUAUGUAUAUGAAAACAUUCCCACAUUUUAUGAUACAUUCAAGAGUGAUCCAAGCUUCACCCUGGAUACUGAAACAGGUCAAAACAACUUAAUACACACAUCAAUAUUUUCAGAGAGCAUUACUGUUGGUGUUAAAGAUUUAGAUUUGAACAUCAAGGCUUUGGUCCAACAAUCAGCUUCUGAGACCAUCCAGCCAGGAAGCUCUGUGACUCUGAACUGUACAGUACACACUGGGACUUGUGAUGGAGAACACAGUAUUUACAGGUUCAAAGACUCAGGCGAAUCCCAUCCAGGACUCAUUUACACCCAUGGAGGCAGGAAUGAUCAGUGUGGGAGGAAAGCUAACGAAAGAAUACACACCUGUGUCUCUAACUUGACAAUCACCAGCCUGAAUGUGUCUUAUGCUGGGACCUACUACUGCGCUGUCGCCUCAUGUGGACACAUACUGUUUGGAGGAGGAACCACGCUGGUGUUUGGGG